GUGGCAGGAGCAAUGGCAUCAAUUCCUUGUAUUUCUUGUGGUUCGGGCUGGGCAUCUCCAACUUCAACUUUAAGCCUCUCCAACCACAACAAAAACCACACCUUCUCCUAACGCUUUUCAAGCUGACGAAGCUAAAGCCCGAAAACGUGGCCCGGACCCCGGAGUUUAUUCCCUAUAACCCGCGGCAAUUCGCCGACUGCGUGUUGCACGAGACUCGGUGUUGCGACUCCCAAGUUCCCAACUGUGGCCCCCAUUGUUCAGGUUCCGGCUAGGGCUAGCUUCAAUCGUACCCAGGUUCCAGGCCAAAUGAUUCGUCUGUGAAGUUUAUGAGCGUGAUCCUUCGAACAGAGGUCCCUGCGCUGCCGCGGAUCAUGGAUGGCCAACAUAAAGCUCUGUUCCCCCGCGUCGUUAAUCCAUACACAUUAGCUAGGGAUUCAAAGCUCUGUCAGGUUAGACGCCCUCGACUAAUAACACGAUGGACGCCUCUAGCUCGCAAUCAAGCUCGGCGCUCGUAUUGAGGGCGGUCGGCUUCCUCAUCCUGCUUGUCCUCGCGCGAUUCUUUCACCGCAUGCACCAAGUCCGUACGCUGGUCAGGAGGUAUCACAAGGAAAAUGACUUGGAAAUGUUACCGCAUUCAUAUCUCCUGGGCCACAUACUGGUCACAGCCAAGAUCAUGGCCAAGUAUCCCAGGGACAUUUACCCGUUGAGCGUGGCCACGCUCGUGCUGCAGCAUUACCCGCAUCUGGAAAAGAAUGGCUUCUUCGUCAUGGAUUCGUGGCCGUUCGUCGAGCCCAUGAUCUACGUCUUUGAUCCCGAAAUGUCGGCCCAAUUCACCCAGGCAUACUCGCUGCCCAAGGCUCACAUGGUCAAGUCGGAAUUCCGGCCGCUGACCCAGAACAAGGACCUCGUAACGCUCGACGGCCCCGAGUGGAAGCGGCUGCGAAGCAUCUACAACCCGGGGUUUUCGGCCAAGAACCUCAUGUCCAUGGCGCCUGUUUUUCUUGAGGAGAUACGCGUCUUCAUUGAUCGACUCAGGGCGGCGGCCAAAUCGGGCGAGGUCCUGCGCAUCGAGGAGCCCAUCACCAACUUGGCGACGGAUGUUAUCGGGCGUGCCGUCUUAGGGACGCGUAUGCACUGCCAGACGCGCCACAACCCCUUUCAAAAGGCUCUCGCAAAACAAAUCUCAUGGGUCUGCCCCGAAUACACGCCGCCUUCCCUACUCAAGCUCAUCAACCCGGCUCGGCUGCCGCUGAUGUGGAACUACAACCGCAUCAUGCGCAACUAUCUGCUGCCCAUCCUCAAACAAACCGUCGUCUCCCACCAGGCCGGCGACGGCGGCGCUGACAUGAUGAACCCAGCCGGCCCGGGCCCGGGCCCGGGCGACUUCAAAACCAAGACGGUCGUCUCCCUCGCCGCCAGAGCCUAUCUCGCCGAGAAGAAGGGCGAGGGCGACCAGCCGCCUUCUUCCGUUACCGUACCAUCAUCCGGCCGAGACCGAGACGACGUGCAGCUGGACCGGGAAUUCAUCGACAUGGCCAUCGCGCAGUUCGUAAUUUUCAUCUUCGCGGGCCACGACACCACGGCCGUCACGCUCUGCUUCGCCUACCACUUGCUCUCCCAAAACCCCUCUUGCUUGGCCAAACUGCGCGCCGAGCACGAUGCCGUCUUUGGCAGCCAGGACCGUGACCCGUCCCCGUCAGCAGCAGUCGAAUCCUCGCUAUGCGCCAACCCAAACCUCCUCAACUCCCUACCCUACACCACCGCGGUAGUGAAAGAAACCCUCCGCCUCUUCCCCCCGGCUGCAACGGUUCGUGAAGGCCAGCCGGAUUUCUUUUUGCGCGACCCGCGCACGGGGAAGCGGUACCCGACCGCUGGUCUGUUAGUGCACCAAAACUCGUACGCAACACACCACUUGGAGUCACUCUUCCCUCGCCCGUUCGAGUUUGUGCCCGAGCGGUUUCUAGCGAGCGAGGGCGAGCCGCUGUACGUGAGGAAAAACGCGUUCCGUCCCUUCGAGCUGGGCCCUCGAGCGUGCAUCGGCCAGGAGCUGGCCGUGAUGGAAAUCAAGAUGAUUCUGGCCAUGACGGUGCGCGAGUUUGAGAUUGAGAGCUGCUUCCCGCGGCCUGGGGAGCCGGGGGCGAGGGAGAUUUUGGGGCAUACUGUUUACCAGGUUGGGCAUAUGACUGGACAUCCGAAGGAUGGGAUGCCUGUGCGUGUGAGGGUGAGAGGC